AUGACCAUCCGGGAUCCACGAGCAUUUAAAAAAAUCAAGAAAUCAAGAACGAGAGAAAGAAGAGAUGAACCAAACAAUGGUACGAACCAAAUUGGGCUGUCUUUUGCCUUUCCUUAUAUGAUAGGUACAAGGUCGCUUGCCACAUUUUGUCCCGUCAGCCUUCAAGCCGUUGCACUUUCCAAUUGGCUCGGCCGCCAAGGCCAGGAAGAAGGAACCGGUUGCUGGGGCGUGAAUAAAACGCAGCCAUACGGACCUUCCUCACCUUAA